CUUCCUACCAUUCCCACGCUGCAGCAUGGCCAGGGGGACAUCAGAAUCGCUGUCAUCGUCCGAUUGGAAUGCUGGGUUGUCUACACCCCUGUAGAAAAAAACAAUACUUUAAAUCAACAUGAUCAUGAGGAUAAGAAGUUUUGUCUGUGCACAGUUUGUGGCGGAAAAUGGAUUAGGAAUUCCUUGUUCUACUACCAUCAAAAGCGCUUUGUCGAGAGUGUGCAUGAGGGUUCACCAGCUAUCCCAAAGUUUCGUUUCAAAGAAAGUGAUGUACAAAAUGAAUCCUUACAGAAGCCUCUCUACAGUGGAGCUCGCACUAGUGUAUUGGAUGCCAUCAUGAAGCACAUGUACAUUUUCAGCAUGAAUCAUGGGAUGUCCAAAUCUGCUGUCUCAGAUUCUUUGGCUUGUGAAAAAUCAUCCCUUCCUCAGCCAAACAAUCUUCCUGGAUCCUUCCAAGAGGCGAAACACUUGAUAUCACCACUUCUUAUGCCUCUCCAGAAAUAUGACGCAUGUAUCAAUGACUGUGUAUUGUACAGAGAUACCAAAGAAAAACAAUUUGUGACUCUGCAAAGCUGUCCAGUGUGCAAUGAACCACGUACAAAAAAUGGAAUUACACAGAAACGCUUUACAUAUAUGCCAGUUGGACCGAGACUAAGUAGAUGGUUUGGAACAACAAAUUUGUGCAAAUUGUUGUAUGCAAACAGAUUGUCUGUCAAUGGAACUGUCAAAGACUUUACUGAUGGGAAAUUAUACAGUUCUUGGUUUCAGCCCGGUGGAGUUUUUGAAGGAGUACCAGAAUCCCUAGCAAUCCCUCUGUCCUUAUUCACCGAUGGUGUUAAUCCAAACAAGCACAUGACAAGUUCGAAAUCUAUGUGGCCCAUCAUAUUGACAUGGAUAAACUUGCCGAUUGACAUUCGACAACUUUUAGGCCCCAUGUUACUGGUGGGAGUCAUUCCAAGUGGAAUCAAGGGAUCUGAGCCAAAAUCAUUGGAACCAUACCUUGAACUUUUAAUCGAUGAACUAUUGUCAUUGACAGAAUUCACAGUAUACAAUCAAUAUGAAGCUGCACCGGUCACAGUCAAAGUUGCCCUUCUACAGUUCUUGUGUGACAUACCUGCAUUCUCCAAAUUGUUCCAUCUCUCAGGCCACGGAGCUUUGAGGUCAUGCCCUUACUGCACAGAAGCUGGACAACACUGUAAACACCUCCAUAAAACAAUCCACAACUCAAAUAGACGGUUUCUGCCUGCAGAUGAUCCCCUUAGGACUGCAGAUGACUUUGGAAGUGUAGAACAAAGGGAAAAGCCCGCACCUUACUCGCCAGAGAACGAGAUACAGUUGAGGGAGAAAUAUGACAGGAAACCAAAUAACAAUCAAAAAUCAAAGUUGCAAAAGGAGACAGGUCUGAAAGGAAAGUACUCAUUGCUUCGUCUGCCCUACCACAACCGCAUGCAGCAGAUGCAACCUGAUGCAAUGCAUACCCUAGCUGACUUUAUUGGCCAUCUUCUUGAUGCACUAACUGGAAAACACAGUACAACAAAAGUCCAAAAAUGUGAGCAGUCAUUUGGAAGGUUCAAUGAUGUGUGGAACUCGUUUCCUGACUCUGCUGUGAUCCAAGACCCCAGACCAACGAAGAAGAGGAAGACGACGAAGGAUACAUCUACAGAGAUACCCCAUAGUGUUCCUUGGUCACUUAGUAAAGAACAGAUAAAAGAGGCCGACAGAAGAGCUUCGGAAAUCUGCUACACUGAUGUGCAAGAUAUAACUCCAGGACCCCACUUCUCAAAACCCUGGACACUGAGAACCAUGAAUUCCAAGUUGCAGUUUGUGACAAGUGGAGGAUUGGAAUGGUGUGUGAAGGGAUUUCUUCCACCAACACAAGAAGAAACACUGUUCUUUCUACUGAAUGUGUUAAAGAGAAUGAUAACACCGGUCUUGAAAGAGUGUGAUGUACAGCAGCUCCAGGAUGAUGUUCAUACAGCUCUCUGCCUUCUGGAGAAAGAUUUUCCUUUGUCUCUUCAGAAUUUAACAACUCAUUUGAUUCACCACAUGGUUGAUGGACUUUUGGAUUUUGGACCAGUAUAUGGGCGAUGGCUUUUCCCUUACGAGAGAGCAAAUGGGUGGAUCAGCAGACAAUGCUUACGGAAAGGGGUUGAGGAGUCGACUGUCAUGGAGACAUACGUGAUAUAUGACUGGUGUGUUCAUAUGGUCCUGAGCCAACAGUUUAAGCCAUCCGAAGUGUUUAGUGGUGAAAGCAGACUAGUUGAUCUAGCAGAAAAACUUUCAAGUGAACAGACUGAAACCUGUAUUCAGAUGAUUCCCGACCAGCAUGACCAAGCUACGUCCAGAAAAGAGAAAUCUACCCUGAAAAAGUCAAAGCUGACACCCCAGAUGAUGGAUGCCAUGUUUCGAUUUUAUGUGAAUGUGAUGGCUGUCAAUGUGAUGAGUUUCCAAGAUUCAGUCAUGGAGGAUCAUAGGUCUUGUUCUGUUGUUGACAAUUGUGGCCGAACUGUUCAGUACCAUGGGAAAGGAUUCAAACGAAAAACAGCAUCCGUUGUAAAGAUUCCUUCUGUCAGUGGUGUCCAAUUUGCAGAAAUUCUCUACUUUUUGUCCCACCAGAUGAACAACUGUUUUCAAGACUGGGUCGUGCUAAAUGAAUUCCCUCUUGCCACGAAGGAGAAUGGAUUCUACUGUUUUGAGCCAACAUCUGUUCGCCAGAGACUGAUGCAUGUUUCUUUGUUAAGUCAACCAUUAGUGCAUGUGAGGAAAGAAGGACUAUUGUGGGUACUAAACCAUUGUUGAAAUGCUGAACAAUUACAACCAAGUUUUUUCUGGUAUUAUGCAUUUACCAUACUAGUUUGGAUGAUCUCACACAAACUUAUAUGCAUUACUUUGAAAUGUUUACGAUAUUUGUAUAUUGUAUCAUGAAUGUACCAAGAUCAUCAGAGCAUUUGAUUAAGUUUACAUGUACAGAUUGAAUGUCUAUAUAAUUGUCUUUUCACUUUCUAAAAACACAUAAGGUACACAAGGAACAUGAGAGUUGAUUACAUUUUCAAUUACUUUUUUUUGGUGCCCCAGUUAGCCAAUAUCUUGAUAUAUCAUGUUUAUAAUUUGAUAUUCAUAGACAAAGCUUUCUUUUUUAUAGCUGAUUUGGUAAAUUUAAGAAUUUUAUCACUCCUGCCUCUAGUGAUAAUGCAGUAUAUGGACUG